GUUAUGGGCUUACAGUUCAUAUGGUAAGAGAGCUAGCUUGGCAAGUUGCUGUAGAAAAUAACUUACCAAUACUAGAAAAUUGGAAAAAGGAAUGCAAAGCCGGAAUAGAUUGGUUUCACGGCUUUAAAAAACGUCAUCCAGUUAUUUCAAUAAGAGUGCCAGAAGCUUAUAGUAUUGCAAGGGCAAUGGCUUUCAAUAAGACUAACGUUGAAAUAUUCUUCAACAAAUUAGAAGAAGUACUUUUAAGGAGUGAUUCAUUCAAGAAUGGAUCUCGAAUUUAUAAUUUGGAUGAAACGUGCACUUCAACUGUCCAAAAUCAGAGAAAAAUCGUCUCACCAAAGGGUGUAAAACAAGUUCAUUAAAUAAAGGGCGCAGAGAGAGGGACAUCUGUUACUACAUGCGUUAUUAUUGGUGCUUUCGGUGUUGUUUUACCUCCUAUGCUUAUAUUUCCUUGAAAGAAACGUAUACCAGACUUAAUGAUAAACGCUUUUCCUGGAUCUCUUGGAUUAGAAAAUGAAAAGGGGUACAUGACAAAAGAAUCAUUUUUCCAUGUUAUGGAGCACUUCAUCAAUUGCACUAAAUCAUCUAAGCAAAAUCCUACUCUUUUAUUGUUGGAUAACGUGGAAACUCAUUUUUCUACAAAGACUUUAAAUCUUGCAAAAGAAAAUGGCGUGGUAAUAUUUACUUUUCCUCCUCACUGCACUCACAGACUUCAGCCUCUAGAUGUGGGAAUCUUUGGUCCAUUUAAGGUUCAUUAUGAUAACGCUAUUAAUUCAUAUCUUAUGAAUAAUCCUGCUAGUCCUCCUACAUUAUAUCGCAUAGCUGGUUUUGUCAAAGAGGCACUCUGCAAAGCAGUAACUCCUCAUAAUAUCAUAAAGAGUUUUGAAACAACUGGAAUCUUCCCAUUCAAUAGGAAUGUAUUUCAAGAAUCUGAUUUUAUCAUGGCUAGUAUAACAGAAAAGCCUGAUUCUUCUAAGGCAGAUUCCAUUUCCUCUCCUGAAAUAAUGACACCUACUAACAUUCUUGUUGAUAUCACUGAAGAAGGAAUCAACACAAAUAAAUUUGAUAUCAAUGUUAAUGUCAGUGAAUAUCCAUCUGCUUCCUCUUCAAAUGAGCCUUCUUUUCGUGGUCCAGCAGAUAUUCGAGGUUUACCAAAAGCAAAACAGCAAGAAAAUAAGCGAAGGAAUAAACGAAAAGGAAGAUGCAUGAUAGCAACUAAUACGCCUGAAAAAAAUGAAAUAGCUCAGCGAGAAAACGAAAAAGAAUUAAAGAAAAACAAAGCUGAAGAAAGAAGAAAAAGACAAGAACAAAAAACAGUAGAAACUAAGAAAAAUCAGAAAGGACAAAAAAAGGUGAAAAAGAAUAUAUGUUUUGAUAAUGAUAACAUGAAAAAAUUUCAGAAAAAGGAGAAUUUAUCUUAGUGUCAUUAAGACUAAAGAAAGCAAGUUUUUUGUAGAGAAUAUUAUAAAGAAAAAUCGGUUUGGAAGCCUGGAGAUAAUAACGAUCGUAUUACCUACUAAUGUUACAUAUUUCUAUCCAGUACUUGUGAUAAUUUUUUUUCUGUGAUCUGCAGUGAUCUUUAUAUGUUUAAGCAAAACCAAAGAGAGUUUGUUUUAUAAUGAUAUAUUUAAAAAAUAUAGUUUAAA